UCAGCGGAAGUUGCAGCUCAGGAGUUUGUUGACAACCAGCUGAUCCGUUUAAAGCACCGACAUCAUCGUGAACACGUCUGUGGUUUAAAGCAGGUCUAUUUCAAGCAUGAAUACAUCUAAAAAGACUGUUGUAGAUUUGAGCGGUGGCUUAGAGGAUGUUCCUGUUUGGUGCGAAGGACCGACUUUCCCUAAAUUUACGUAUUGCACCGAUAAUGUUCUGGGACCGGGGUGUUCGGUUGACCCCAGUGAGUUGACCCUUCCUGGAUGUUCCUGCCUUAGUCGCUCCUGCAGCUCUGAGAUCUGCUCCUGCCUCCAGACGUCCAUUCUGGCGUAUGACAGCACGAGGAAGCUGCAGAACCUCGCCGACUCUGGAUUCUGUACUCCUGUGUUUGAGUGUAAUGCCCUGUGCAGAUGCAGUGACGCCUGCUGUAACCGUGUUGUACAGACGGGACUAAGGCUCAGGUUAGAGGUCUUCCCCACCGGGACCAAGGGCUGGGGAGUUCAGACUCUAGAGGACAUCCCACGUGGGAUGUUUGUGUGCGAGUAUGCAGGGGAGGUGAUCGGGUUUGAGGAGGCAAAACGCAGACAGCGUGCUCAGACGUCUGAGGACAACAAUUACAUCAUCGCCGUGAGGGAGCAUGCAGGACCGGGCUCCAUCACUGAGACGUUUGUGGAUCCCGCUCUUGUGGGAAACGUAGGUCGUUUUCUCAACCACUCCUGCAUGCCCAACCUACUCAUGCUGCCUGUGCGCGUGCACUCUGUUACUCCUAGGCUGGCACUGUUUGCAGGGCGCGAUAUUUGUGCGCAAGAGGAGCUGACAUUUGAUUACUCAGGAGGAUGUGGCAGCAAACGGCCUGCAGAGCUGCUCUCCUCACAGAGCUCUGCGCCUGUCUCCAGGACUGAUGGACUACAGAAGAAACCAUGCCACUGCGGUGCCAAAAGCUGCACACGCUUCCUUCCACUUGAUCUAUCCAUCCUUAGCUGAAACAUUGUGAAAUUAGAGAUUUGUCUCAGCCGUGUCAUUUCCACUUUCCUUGAACUUCUGCUGAGUUCAGCAGCGCAUUAGGAGACAACAGUCCAGCAGGCUGGAGCGACUGAACAGCUGGAGGAGUCAUGACUGUGCUCGUCACUGCUUCCUGUUUUGGUCCCCUGAGUGCCUCCUGAUCCUCCCGUGUCUUAAUGCUGCCUCCCACUCACUGUUACAAGAUGCAACGUGAACAAGAAUAAUAGGUUUUAUUAAUCCGAGGGAACAGACGUGCUGACGUUCUUCUGGAUUUCACGUGUAAGAAGCCAUCUUUCUGUGAGGUUUUCUGUUCAGCUUGGGUCUCGGCGGAGUUCUGAUGCUGUUGUCAGGAUGUACAGGAGUCAGCCCUGUUAGAUAUGAGAAACAAACUACAGAACGUUGCAAGUUCAGAAGUAAAUGCAAACACUUCUGUCAUUGAAUAAAAACAUUCAUGUUGGA